UAUAAAUUGUGCUGACAGCAAAAGGUUAUCGAAAAAUUUCGAAGCUUUUAAUUAAUUUUUAAGAAAAUAUAAAUAAUUUAGAAAAAUAUCAAAUUCCAUAAUGUGAUAAACUACCUUGUACCAGUGGCUCCACUUUUUGUUUGAUUGGAGGUGAGAAUACAUUAGUCAAGACUGUUUUUGUAAAAGCAAAAACAUGGCAAGCCCGUCACCUCAAAACAGUCCAAUGCCUCCACCACAAGCACCCAGUCCAAUGGGACCGCCUCCUUCACAGAGUCCAGCACCUCCUUCUCCAGUAUCCCAACCUCAGUACCAAGGUGGUCCUCCUCCACCUUCUUCAUAUCCCAGUCAAUAUCCUGGACAUCCUCAAAUGCCACCAAGUUCAGAGCAGCACCCACCCAUGCAUGGUCCACCACAUCAUCAGUAUCCACAAGGUUAUCCACAACAGGGGCCUCCACAAUCUCAAAGCCAUCCUGGGCAUCCUUCUCCUCAGGGACACCCAGGGAGCCAAAGUCAUACGCCUCCGCAAGGUCAUGGACCACCUCAGGGACAUGCACCUACACAAGGGCAUGUUCCCCCACAGGGACAUAUACCACCUCAAGGACAUGUUCCACCACAAGGCCAUAUACCUCCACAAGGCCAUGUACCUCCACAAGGCCAUGUACCUCCACAAGGCCAUGUGCCUCCACAAGGUCAUGUACCUCCACAAGGUCAUGUUCCUCCACAAGGUCAUGUUCCUCCACAAGGCCAUGUUCCUCCACAGGGUCACGUGCCUCCACAAGGCCAUGUUCCUCCACAGGGACAUCUUCCUCCACAGGGCCAUAUUCCACCACAGGGUCAUGGUCCAACGCAGGGCCACAUACCUCCUCAGGGGCAUGUUCCACCACAAGGACAUAUACCUCCUCAAGGGCAUGCACCCCCACAAGGACAUGCACCACCACAGGGGCAUCCUGGCGUUCCUCCUGGUCAUCAGAGUCAUCCUCAAGGGCAUCCACAAACACCAGGGCAUCCUGGACCUGGACAUAUACCACCUGGUGGAGCAAUGCACCCAGGGCAUUAUCCAAGUGGCCAUGGCAUGCCACAGGGUCCCCCUGGACAACCAGGUCAGCAACACCAAGGCCGAACUGCUGAUAAUUUACAUGCCUUACAAAAAGCAAUAGAUACAAUGGAAGAAAAAGGUAUGCAAGAAGAUCAGAGGUAUUCACAGUUACUGGCGUUACGUGCUAGAUCCAGUGGUCAACCAUCUAACGGAGUUCUUACACCGCUGCAAAUGAAUCAACUUAGAAAUCAAAUUAUGGCAUACAGGUGCCUAGCGAGGAGCCAACCAAUUCCUCCUUCAAUAAUGUUGGGGCUGCAAGGAAAGAGGCCUGACGGUUCACCACAGUUUCCUACACCUCCGUCAAGUCCGUUUCAACCACAAGGACCUGGUGCACCCCCUGGUCCGGAACAACCACCAGCUAAUGCAGAAAACGUAGCAGAGCCAGCAGCACCAGUAGGACCGCAAGGUGCACAAGGACCUCCUAACCAACAGAGAGCUCAAACUAGCCAGUUAGUCCCCAAUAAGCAAACUCGUUUCACUACCAUGCCCAAACCAUCUGGACUAGAUCCACUAGUUCUUCUUCAAGAGAGGGAAACUAGGGUGGCAGCUAGAAUCGCUGCUAGAAUAGAACAAUGUAGUAACUUACCUACCAAUCUUUCAGACAAAGUCCGCAUGCAAGCACAGAUAGAAUUGAGAGCUUUGCGGUGCCUUAAUUUCCAAAGGCAACUAAGAAGCGAAAUUUUGAACUGUAUUAGGAGAGAUAUAACGCUUGAAUCUGCUGUAAAUUUUAAAGCAUAUAAAAGAACGAAGCGACAGGGUCUAAAAGAAUCGAGAGCUACAGAGAAGUUAGAAAAACAACAGAAGUUAGAAGCAGAAAGAAAGAGAAGACAGAAGAACCAAGAAUUUUUGAAUGCUGUAUUGAACAAUGGAAAAGAAUUCAAGGAAUUCCACAAGCAGAAUCAAGCGAAAUUAGCUAAGAUUAAUAAAGCUGUUAUUAAUUAUCACGCUAAUGCUGAAAGAGAGCAAAAGAAAGAAGCAGAAAGGAGAGAGAAGGAACGUAUGAUCAGAUUGAUGGCAGAAGAUGAAGAAGGUUAUAGAAAGCUCAUUGAUCAAAAGAAAGACAAACGUCUAGCAUUCUUGCUUUCGCAAACAGAUGAGUAUAUAACUAACCUCACGGAGAUGGUAAAGCAACACAAGUUGGAACAAACCAAUAAAAAGAAAGAGGAGGAAAAACGCAAGAAGAAGCAGCAGAAAAUGCAACAACCAGAUAGGAAAGUUACAGUUCUGGAAACUGCAACAGGUAAAAAAGUAACAGGAGAGGCUGCUCCUACACUGCGACAAGUUCAGGAAUGGUUAAUCCAACAUCCUGGAUGGGAGAUGGUCGAUACAGAUGAUGAGGAUGAUGAAAACGGGGAGAAGAGGGAUGAUGACUAUGAUGAAAAUCAAGAAGUGGAUGAUGCAAAAGAAGUUAUUAAAAAAGCUAAAGUUGAAGAUGACGAAUAUCACAAAAACACAAAAGAAGAACAGACUUACUACAGUAUUGCUCACACUGUUCAUGAAGUGGUAACAGAACAAGCAUCCAUUCUGGUUAAUGGAAAGCUUAAGGAAUAUCAAAUUAGAGGGUUAGAAUGGAUGGUGUCUUUGUACAAUAACAAUCUGAAUGGUAUUCUAGCAGAUGAGAUGGGUCUAGGUAAAACCAUUCAAACGAUUGGCUUGUUGACCUAUUUGAUGGAAAAAAAGAAGAUAAAUGGACCGUUUUUGAUCAUAGUGCCACUUUCAACCAUUUCUAAUUGGAUGUUGGAAUUUCAAAAGUGGGCCCCUACUGUAGUUGUCAUUUCAUACAAAGGCUCUCCUGUGGUUAGAAAAGUGAUCCAGAGCCAGUUAAAAGCUGCUAAAUUCAAUGUGCUUCUCACUACCUACGAGUACAUUAUUAAGGACAAGGGUGUAUUAGCAAAAAUCCCAUUUAAAUAUAUGAUCAUAGAUGAGGGUCAUCGUAUGAAAAACCACCACUGCAAAUUGACUCAAGUCCUGAAUACGCACUAUUUGGCGCCCUACAGACUCCUGCUUACUGGUACUCCCCUACAAAAUAAAUUACCAGAAUUAUGGGCCUUGUUGAAUUUCUUGUUGCCUUCGAUUUUCAAGAGUUGCUCCACUUUUGAACAAUGGUUCAAUGCGCCAUUCGCAACAACAGGAGAAAAGGUUGAGUUAAACGAAGAAGAAACUAUCCUUAUCAUCCGUCGUCUUCACAAAGUACUCAGGCCGUUUCUCCUGAGACGUCUCAAGAAAGAAGUCGAAUCUCAGCUUCCAGACAAAGUGGAAUAUAUCAUAAAGUGUGACAUGUCGGGCCUACAAAAGGUUCUCUAUGCACACAUGCAGAGCAAGGGUGUGUUACUUACCGAUGGUUCCGAGAAGGGCAGUAAAGGAAGGGGAUCUAAGGCACUGAUGAACACCAUUAUGCAGCUGAGGAAACUGUGCAAUCAUCCGUUUAUGUUCCAAAAUAUCGAAGAGAAAUAUUGUGAUCAUGUUGGUAUUGCUGGUGGAGUGGUUUCUGGACCCGACACUUAUAGGGUAUCUGGUAAGUUUGAGCUCUUGGACAGAAUAUUGCCCAAAAUGAAAGCAACUAACCAUAGGAUUCUUCUUUUCUGUCAAAUGACUCAAUUAAUGACCAUCAUGGAAGAUUAUCUAAAUUGGAGAGGAUUCAAAUAUCUUCGUCUUGAUGGUACAAUCAAAUCAGAAGAUCGCGGGGACCUAUUAUCGAAAUUUAAUGAUAAAAAUAGUGAAUAUUUUUUGUUUUUGCUAUCUACACGGGCUGGAGGUCUGGGACUUAAUUUGCAGACAGCUGAUACUGUGAUUAUCUUCGAUUCCGAUUGGAAUCCUCAUCAGGAUUUACAAGCUCAGGAUCGAGCUCAUCGUAUUGGACAGCAAAAUGAGGUCCGAGUUUUGCGUUUGAUGACUGUUAACUCUGUUGAGGAACGAAUUUUAGCUGCAGCUAAAUACAAGCUUACUAUGGACGAAAAGGUCAUUCAAGCUGGUAUGUUCGAUCAGAAGUCUACGGGAUCUGAAAGGCAGCAGUUUCUUCAGAGUAUUUUACACAAUGAUGGUAGUGAUGAAGAAGAGGAAAAUGAAGUGCCUGAUGACGAAACCGUCAACCAAAUGAUAGCUAGGACAGAGGAUGAGUUUCAGCUCUUCCAAAAAAUGGAUACGGAAAGAAAAGAGGAGAAUGAAAAACUUGGUCAGCAUAAAAAGUCGCGAUUGGUUCAAGAAUGUGAACUUCCGGAUUGGCUGACAAAGCCAGAUGAAGAUGAUGGCUGGGGUGAUGAUUAUACUGAAGCGCUAUUGGGCAGAGGAACCAGGCAGCGAAAGGAAGUUGAUUAUGCUGAUAGUUUAACAGAAAAGGAAUGGUUAAAGGCUAUCGAUGAAGACGGAGACUACGAUGAAGAAGAAGAGGAAGAAAAAGUACAAAAGAAGAGGGGUAGGAAGAGAAGGAAGCGUGACGAUUCUGACGAUGACACCAGCAGUUCUACGAGAAGGCGUAAGCUACCCCAAAGUCAGGUAGAAGCUAGGCUAAAGAGAAAAAUGAAAAAGUUGAUGAACAUAGUUACAAAUUAUAAAGACAGGGAUGGACGACAGCUUAGCGAUCAAUUCAUUAAAUUGCCUCCAAGGAAAGAGUAUCCAGACUAUUAUACUAUUAUUAAAAAGCCUAUAGAUAUUAGCAAGAUAUUAAAUUAUAUAGAUGAUGGAAAGUACUCUGAUUUCUCCGAUCUGGAACGAGACUUCAUGCUUCUCUGCCAGAAUGCUCAAAUCUAUAACGAAGAAGCGUCGUUGAUUCACGAAGACAGCAUCGUACUGCAGUCGGUCUUUUCGAGUGCCAAGCAGAAGAUCGAAGCCUCCCCGGAUUCGGACGACGAAAAAGAUGACAAUAAUUCCGAUGUAGAAACUCCUAAGAAUAAAAAUAAACCUGGUAAAGGCAAGAGACGACCCGGCAGGCCUAGGAGGUCGGCGAAAAAAUACAUUUCGGACGACGAUGACGACGACUGAAGAGUUUAGGUGUAAGAGAAAUGAGAAUGAAAUUCUUGUUGCAAAAGUUGUACAUAUGAAGGUGUUGUUAUUCUUUACCAAAGCUGGUAAAUGUUUGAUUUAAAGGGAAACUGGAACUUUUCUCUUGGUUUUAGAUAGUACUAUAGAUAGGUUUUGAUAGGGAAUAACAGGUUCAAGAUUCGCCCCAGUUGAAAUUUGCUUAAAUGAUCAAAGAGUACUUAAGUAUAAUGAAUCACGAUUGUUUAAAUUUUAAAUUGCACUUAGUGACAAAAAAAUAACAGCUUAUAAAUAAAUUUACGUAGCAAGAAUGAUCCUAUUGAUUAAGAAUGAAUGAGCCUCUCCAAAGAUAGUCCAAAAAGUGUUUCAGGGUGAAAAGGAGUUGUGAAAAAUACAAGAUGGUCUGCUAAGCAACCUUCUUUGUAACAAAAAUCAUGUUUUUCCAGAAAUUUUUUUUUAUUUUAUUAAUAUAGUCCUCUUUUAUCUCAAUACAACGCGAUUCCAGCGAUUUUCCAAACUUCUUUAUGCCGUCGGAAUAAGGCUCCACCUAGAUUGGAUCCGUAUUUCUCCUAUCCGAUCCGAUCCGACGUCGGAUUGAAAGCAAACUCAAGGUAUUAAGGUAUGGCUGCACUUACAUUGGAUCCGCAUUCUCCGAUCCGAUAUAGGGCGAUUGAUAGGAGAAGCUACAGCAGAGAAGCAGUUCGACGUCGGCCGAUAUCGGAUCGGAGAAAUACGGAUCCAAUGUAGGUGCAGCCAUUUAAUGGACAGCCUAAGUCUGACGUCACAAAAUUGGGAGGAGCUUAUAUUGACUCCAAACAAUUUUGUUUGUAACGUUAAAUGGUCAUAAGGAAUUUUUCAUUUAUGUGCUUUGUGUGGCCAAAAUAAGACUUCAUUUAGGUAUUUCGUUAAAGAAAAGUGUUAAUUAGGAGAUUUUUAUUGUUUUGGCUCAGGUGGUUUUUAUCCCUUAGUGGUUGAAAAUAAACAUAACCUCAAAACUGUUUACGUUCUAAUCAUUGCAUUAAAUUAGCUCACCUGGGCCAAAACGUUUAAAAAUCUCUUAAUUGACACGUUUCUUUAACUAAAUACCUAAAUGAAAAGUCUUAUUUUGUCACACAAACCACGUAAACAAUAAAUUAAAAAUUCCUUAUGAGUGUUUAACAUUAUAAACAAAAUUGUUUGGAGUCAAAUAUAAGCUCCUCCCAAUUUUGUGACGUCAAGACUUAGGAUGUCCAUACCAUGAGUUUGUUUUUAAUCCGACGUCGGCUGACGUCGGAUCGGAGAAAUACGGAUCCAAUGUAGGUGCAGCCUAAUACGAUUAUUUACGCUCUGCAAAAUUGGUGCUUGUUUCGUCAAUUAUCUCUUCGUUCGAGCUGAUUUCUUUAUUUACGAGCCAUCUCAUCAGAUUUGGGAACACAUAAUAAUCGCAGGGGACCAAAUCGGGAGAAUAAGCCGGAUGAGAAAGCAAUUCGAAGCCUAACUCAUUACGCUUCAUAAGUUCCAAGUACUGCUGAGAAGUGAUCACACGAUAAUGUUUUUGGUCAAUAGUGAGCAAACGCGGUACCCAUCGGCAUUAUAUUUUUUUCAUAAAUCUUUAUUCAAAAUAUGACUAGUACGCUCUUUAAAAUUCUUGUGGUCUCUGCCAAUUCACGCACCUUCACUUCACGAUCAGCUAGAACCAUUUCGAGUACUUUCUUCACAUUUUCUGGUAUAGACUGGUUCUGGAGUAGAGUGGUCGUGGUGUCUCACUUGGAAAUCGUUAAAUAACGUAAAAAUUUCACAAAAAAAUAGCUUCAUAGCUAAAAUCGAGGUUGCCUUGACAUUAAUCUUGUGAACGAAAGAAAACGUACGAUUUUUCUCAUGUCUUUAACGUAAUCUCCUUAGUACGCUUGAUAGAAAACACUUGAGAAAGUUUGGAAACAGUAAAUAUUCACACGGGGCUAAAUCUGGCGAAUUUGGGUGGUCGAUUAUUUCGUAUCUUCGAUCCAUGCCUCUAUUCUGUGAAAUAAAUUAGGACGAAUCGGGAACCAAAAUGCAACCUAAUAGAAUAUCUCGCCAGGGUGUCAUAAGGAUCCGCUUAUUGUAUAUUUUACAAAGUUUUAUUUCAGAUUUUUAUGUGGCUUAAUCAAAUAUAUUUAUACCAACAGAACCUCUUAGAUUUACAUAUAUAAUGUGCUCUUAUCAUUUAUACUUAUCUUUGGUAUUAUAUACAGGGAAAUAGUAUUUUGUAAUUAGAAUCUAGAAAUACAAUUCUGUUUGUGUAA